AUUGGGACAAGAGGGUUAGUUAAGUUGCACAAAGUAUAUUAUAAGAAAAGUUUUAUCUUGACUUAAGAAGAAAGUGAGAAAUGGUCUAGUGACUUACUAACCAGAAUUUAGUAAACCAGACUAAAUUCACACCCUUUCGUGGAUAUUUCUUUGACAGCCUCCCAAGCUCGUAUAUACUACUAAACAUAGAGUUUUUACUCUCUCUAGCAGACUAGAGCUUUCCAAAUGAAUUGGUAAAAUUCAUGGAGGAGGAAUGAGUUUUCGGAAUGGCUUUCUUAGCAUCCUGCUGGUUUAUUACUGAAACUUUUAUCAUUCCUGAUGGAUUUAGGAAGUGGUUUUGCUUAAGCUUCUUUAUCCAUCCAUUUUUUCUUUUUGUUUGCCAGGUUUUUCUCUGGCUCAAAUUGCUAAAGGAAUGGCUUUUAUUUUUAGUAUUAUAUCCUCUAAGAAUCACUUUUAUCUUCGGUUUGUAUAUUUUAGGCAUUGUUAGAAAUUGGUUUAUCUAUUUCUUGUCAAUGGUUAGAUUGAGAAAAGAUCAUGACCAUGAAGCAGGAGUUGAGAAAUUUGAAAACCUGCAAAUAUGUAACUACAGUCAGAUUGCUGGUUUUCCUCAAAUACUGUCUAUCUUUUCACCUGUAGAAACCAAGAUGGAAAUACUUGCAAUUCAAAGUGGGGUGUUUCAAGAGGAGAAAGAUGAUUGUGCAGAAGAUUCAGUUAGCCAUGAGGAUGAAGAUAUGGAAGAACCUGUGAUCUAUCAUGAUGAAGAUACAGACGAGAUGGAAUACUUGCUUUGCUAUUCCAGUCCAUCCACAGAAUAUGAAAGUUCAACUAAAUGUCUACCUGCUUGUAGCUCUGAAUCCUAUGAUUCACAACAUGAUCAAGAAUUAUAUAUGGAUGACUCUACUCCAUCAGUCUACACCUCCAGUUUGCAAAUCAUGAAAUCGGAAGCAGUUGCUGCAGAAGAUAAGGAUGAAUUGGACGCAUUCUACAAGAAGUACACCGAAAGAAUGAGAUGGUUUGACAUGCUCAAUUAUGACAGAACUUGUGGAACAAGUGCAAUCCUAAACAAGCAAUUGGGAGCUCCUAGUUGGUUCGAGAGCAGCGAGCCUCAAAAUUCUGUUGUUCCUUAUAUCUCAUGGAGCAAAAAUGAUAGAAGAAAACUUUUGAGAAGUUUAGACAGUGACUUUGAAAUGGUUUAUGUGGCUCAGUCAUGCUUGUCAUGGGAAGCCCUUCAUCAUCAAUACACGAAAGCCAAGGCUCUUGAAUCCUCUGCCUCUCAAAGUAAUAAAUUCGAUAAGAAUGUCGCAGCUGAAUUCCAGAAGUUUCAAGUGCUUUUAGAAAGGUUUAUGGAAGAUGAAAAGCCUGAGGACAAAAGGGUAUGGAAUUAUGUCCAACGGAGAUUUUCUUUCAGGGGUCUUCUCCAAGUUCCAGAGGUUUCAGUUGAAGAUUCUCUGGAGGAGGACAAAGAAGAAACAAUAAAUAUAAAAGAAGUCUUGAAGUCCAUAGAAGAAUGCGUACAUGCUUUUUGUUUGUUUGUGAAAACAGAUAACAAGAGGUCUUGGUGGAAAGUUAGAAGUUCCUUAUGGACUUAUCCACCAGUGGAAGAUCCAAGAGAUUUGGAGCUUCUUGCUGAUCUUACCAAGAGACUCCAAAAGAAAAAGAUAGGGCUGAAGAAUUUAGAAGGGAAGAAGAGGUGUCUGUUCAAGAGAAUAGUAAACCCUGUGGAAGAAUCCCAAAGAAAGGAGAUGCUAUUCGCUAUGACAGACAUGAAGCUGGUGUCAAGGGUACUCCAAAUGGUUAUGGUGUCCUCCUCCCAACUCAAAUGGUGCCAAGAAAAGCUUGACAAUGUCCAGUUCAUCGAUGGAAAAGUAGUGAGGGCACCCAUCAGUUCCCUAUUCCCACCUUCUUGAUGUUUGAUUUUUAACCAAAAUCAAGAAAUCCAAUAAUGAAUUCUCAAUUAAGCUGGUUGUAUGACUUAUUGCAAGUGGGAAUAUGAUAGAUAAAUGAGAGAAUCUUAGUUUCAUCCAUGGAUGUAUAUAGAUCUGCAGAAAUACAUUGUUAUGCUUUUUGCUAGGAUCAUUUUUAUUUUUAUGUAUCUAGUAAGCAAGUGUGACUUUAAAGUUGAAUGCAAGUGUUAUGCCUGUCCCACUCA